UUAGUUGUCCACAUAACUCUGAAAUGCAAGAGCAACCACAAAAGAAUAUGUUCCAGGAAGAUUUCAGGAACAUGACUGAAGGGACCAGGAACAGCAGCGACUCCUCCUCCGCCUUUGUUCACACCAGCACCAUGAGUGCCAUCCUGGUCACUGUCUACUCGGUUGCCCUGGCUGGAGGUGGAAUUGGGUCCAUCACAAUGUCCUUUGUGCUGCUCAAGAUGAACACUCUGUCUGUGACCACAACUGCCAUCAUUAACCUGGUCGUGGUGCACAGCCUCCUCCUCUUCACGGUGCCCUUCCGCCUGCACUACUAUGUCAAAAAGAAGUGGGUAUUUGACAUGCCAUUUUGCAAGAUGGUGAGCGCCAUGGUCCACAUCCACAUGUACCUGACCUUCAUAUUCUAUGUGAUCACGCUGGUGAUCCGGUGGCUCAUCUUCUUUCAGUGGAAGGACAAGGUGGAGUUUUACAGGAAGCUGCACGCCAUUGGGGCGAGCGCUGCCGUGUGGCUCUUCGUCAUGGUCUUUGGGGUGCCGCUCUUCUACUUCGAGUACGGACGCUCAGGCUCGUACAAUAAUGCAACAUGCUUCCAGUUCCAAAAAGAGCUACAGCACAAGAGUGUGAAAGCCCUGAACUACACCCUAAUUGUAGCUGUUGCCCUCAUUUCUUGUGUCCUCUUGAGCUUGCAGAUUUUUAUUCUGGUAAAAGUGGCGAGAAAAUUUUCCACCUCCCUCUGUUCACACCAAGAAUUCUGGGCCCAGGUGAAAAACUUGAUUUUCAUCUGGAUCAUCAUAAUUUGGUUCCUUCCCUAUCACCUGUUCAGGGCCUACUACAUAGAGUAUGUGAGUGAUUUUAACCAGUUAGAAAGCUACAAUGAGGUUUUUUUGAGCCUGACUGCCCUGAGCUGUCUGGACCUGCUGUCGUUCGUGCUGAGUGGAAGCCGCUUCUUCAAGCAAAAUGUGGGGAUGCUCCACAGGAAGUUUUUUUGCUGCUAG